AUGGAGACAGCCGUUAAUCCGGCGUUUAAAAGGUACAUCUCGCAGAUGGUACUCAGUAUACCCGCUAUCAAUGGCAAUUUCUUCCCCGUAAAACUGUUUUGUUGGAAAUGGUUUGGAUUCUGUGGUGACCCCUCCUCCCUUGCUUCCAUAGAGAUGGCGUCUCCGUCUCUCUACCAACCAUAUCCAAUCCACAGCCAUCCUCUCUGUAGGAGUGAGAGAGCCUCCAGGCGGCGGGACUUGUGGCUACAGCCUGUGUUAGUGCUCCGAACCCCGGGUACAUUGCUCACCUCUGCCCGCCUAGGACUCCGCUAUGUGAGCCUUUAUAGGCUGCGCCCUCCCAGCUCUGCGGCGCCGCCAUUUUCUUCCGGCUGCUGAGACCUAUAUAUCCCCGCGGGAGGGGGCGCAGUGUAUCCCAGCAACGGGGAGUCCCUGCUAACUGCAGCCGGGGUGACGGGGUUAAUCAUUGCACUGUGUGCUAGUUAUGGGAUCAGUAAGGCCGAGAGCUGAUAUUUAUUACUCUCUGUUAUAAUGGCUCCUAUUUCCAUAGAGCCCCCCGCACUGCCUUGUUUAUAAACAGUGAGUAGUGACUGAACAACCUGAUAGAUCAGCAUUGAUUGUGCUGUGUGUGGAAACAAACCGUAUAUCCUAUAUUCUCCACUUGUGUUUACCUACAAUGGUGAUAUUUUAUUGCACACGGUUAGACGUUCUGGGUUGUUUAUAUUAUUUACAUUGCCUAAUACUGGGAGUCUGGUAACCUCUGAGAGACUCCUGUGACUGCUAUAAAGCUAUACGGAGGUCAUUGCUCACAGAUUGACCUUGGUUUAUAAAAUGAUUCCUGUCUAAAAUAUAUGCACGGUUCGUCUCCAUCCACUUAAUGCUUGUAAUGUAAAUAAAAAUAUAUCUAUAAUGGGUGGUGAGCACUCUCAAUAUACUUUUUGGAAGGGUGCAAUUAAGCCCAGGAUCCGUAUUCCAUGUGUAGUAUAACUAAAGAUGAUAGCCCAGCAUUAGUAGUUGCAAUCCUUUGUUUUUUCAAUGAAUAGGGACGGAACGUUUUGGCUAACUUUGGUACCAUUUGCUUGAAACUUUUCCCAUGUUUUACGUAAUAGGUUAUAGGUCAGUAAUUAUCCUCAUUUGAUUUAUAGCACGUUCAUAUGGCCUACAUGAUUUGGAUAUAUUAGUGGACAUAUGGUGUAAGAUAAAUACAUUAUACUGUCAUUGUUUUGUUAUUCAAUCUUAUCUAAUCCAUGAGUGUGUGGGAGUUUGCCUUUUAAUUUUGUGAAGACUGUGGUACUUGUCUUUUCAGGUGGAAGGGAAAUUUGCUUGUACUAUACCAUGUCUUUUUCUGGUGUGGAAGAUUAUCCAUCUACAUAAGACUUUACUUCACUAAUUCAGCACUUAGAUUUGGUUAGUUUGGUAUUUUUUAAGAUGCAAUUCUGCUGCCUGGUCAUUGGGGUCCAUAGUGCUUGGGAUCACAAGGUGUGAAUGAGGUCACUCUGUAGUCAGGGAUGUUUGUUUAGUUUAAGUGAGGUGUGCUGGGUAGAUGGGGGAGGGGCUUGGAAAUUAGUCAACAUUUUGAGUGGAAGAGAAACAAAGACUUCUAGAUUUGUCUGAUUUCACACUGAAAUCAUUCUCCAGUUAGACUUGUGCUCUUGCAUUCCUGGAGAGCAGCACUAACCUUCUGGCCAUGCUUUUUUUUUUUUUUUUUAUGAAUAUAGAUUCAAUUAAAGUGUACAUUUGGUUUACUCUUCAAAUUAUUGAACCUGUAACCCCUUAAGGACACAUGACAUGUGUGACAUGUCAUGAUUCCCUUUUAUUCUAGAAGUUUGGUUCUUAAGGGGUUAAAACAACUGCAUUCUUAUUGAUACUGUUUAACACCAGUAAAACUGCUAUUGAUUGGAGCCUGCAGCAAUUAUUAUUUUGGAUGAUUUCCAGUUAAUGUAGGUGUAGAUCAUGUAGUGGUUUAGACAUUUUAAUCAUAUCCCAAGCUAAAUAUGGGGCUAAUUUAUUAGCUAGUGGAGCUAGUAAUUUAAUGGUUUAAACUAGCAUUUUUACCCCCCCCAUAUUACGGUUUAAUUGAAAACCAAUUACUGUAAAAUCAUUGUACUGCUCUAGGAAAUGACUGUACUCAAACUACACACAAGUAUAGUGCAGAUGCAAGACCAAUUUACAAGGUUACCCUCUAUUUGGGUAGUGGUACAUUAAAUACGCAAUUUCUGUGUCAAUAUAGCAAAAAGGUUUUUUAUUUUUUUUGCUUCUUUCAAAUUUUAUGCUCACUGGAAACUGGUGCAGUAUGUAAUUAUAUAUUUUAUCACUAUAGUUAAUGUUAGUGAGUGCAAACAGUUAAGUGUAUAUUGUAGCUAUGUGACAUGUUUGUCAACAAAACAGGAUGUGUAGAAUCUGAGGACACACCCUCACUCUUCUAUACAACGAACCAGAAAAUAGAGUAGUACAGCAUUGCAAAGUGAACACCUGACUGACCAGUUGAAACAAAGUGAUCUUUCAUAAUCCUAUGAAUCAGAGUAGAUCUCUAGUAUGUGCAGUUAUAGCUGGCAUGAUCACAUUGUGAAGACAGAACUUGCUUGACCAGUAAGUAACACACUUGUGUUCUGCUAUAUUGUCAUGCUUUCAGUGUUACAGUAGUAAAAUAUGAAAAUAAGUGCACUCGACCAGCUGAUGACUGUUUCAGUGUUAAUGGUAUUCAUCAGUUUUACUCUAACUGCCUACAUUGAGGCAAUGAAAGUAUAUGUGUAUGUGUAUAUAUGUAUGUCUCUCUCUCUCCCUCUCCCCUGGCUCCAAAAUUCUAUACAUAAAUUGUUCUACCUACUCUAUGGAAUUAUUUUUAUAUAAAUCCACAAGCCGAUGCAGUAGCCUUUCUGUAAAAUUUUACUGCGGUCAUUCUUUUCAUAUUUUGAAAUGUUAAAGAAACCAUCCAUAACUGCUUCAUUGGGAUUAAGUUUUUAUAGUGCAAGGAGGUUGAUGGGUGUGUGGUUUGGGGUGGGGGGUUAUGGUGUAUUACUGACUUACUUAGAGCAUCAGUUGUCCACUCCAGCCAAUAGGCAGUGUCCCUGCCUGGCAAUACUCAACACUUGCCUAAAAGUUUAUUUCAGAACUUGAUAUGCAGUGCUGUAAGCAACCAUCUGGGUUUGAACCGUCCAAGAACAGUUUAAAACCUUCAAGUGACCCCCUGGCACUGUAAUAGCUUAAUUUUGAUUGUUAUGGUGCCUGGACUGUUCCUUUUACAGUAGCAUAUAGUCAUGUUGCAAAAGGAGGUGGGUGACAAGUAAAUGACUGCCAAAAGCAGCCAAUACUUCAUGUAUAUGUUUUUUUGAACUUAAAAUUGUCCGGCAUUGUAAUUCUGAAUAUAUUGGGGUAUUUUUGUGUUUCGGCAGCACAUUUUAAACUGUAAAAAAUUUAGUCUUAGACCUCAAUAUCUCCAGUUUGCAUUUUUUUCUAUUAAAAUACAGUUUGUCAACCUCACAGUUGGUACUCCAACAAUGCUACAUCCUCACUCCCUUGCUGUCACAGUAUUAGAAAGGUAUACUAGGCAGCUGGUGAUAAACAGCUCAGGCACCCAUCCCUAACAACUUUGAAUGAGCUGAAAUUGGCCUAUUUUUUGUUAAAAUUAUAUUGGUAUAUCAUAACUUUCUUAUGGUGAUGAUUAAACUAUUUGUCCAAUAUCUUAAUGUUUUACCUUGGUUUUUUUUAUUUAAUUUUUUGCAGACCGCCUUUGGAUCUUAACCAUGGAAUGAUGGGUCAGUCUGUGGAGGGGACACCAGGAAAGCGCAUUCGCAAGCCCUCUUUGCUUUAUGAAGAUUUUGAAGGUCCCAAUAUGACCUCAAAUGUUUUUCACCACAUGCCACAAGCAAAUCCUCCACCUCCUGAGGUCAGCAAUUCCAAAAAGCCUGGACGUUCCACUAAUCAGCUGCAGUACUUGCACAAGGCUGUAAUGAAGUCUUUGUGGAAGCAUCAGUUCUCUUGGCCUUUUCGCCAGCCUGUGGAUGCAGUAAAGCUGGGUUUACCGGUAUGUACUUGGGUUAAUACCUUAAAUGCCUAACCUAUAUUAGCUGACUGGUAGAAGUGGGUUAGUCUGCUCAUUGUAUUUGCAGUCUUCCUCGCACAAACACAAGAAACUUUUUCACUGGGAAGUAUCUUUAUACUGCCUGAUGACAGCUCUGAGAUUUUGACAGCAUUGAGGAAUCUGGUGCUGAGAGGUUCAGGGUUCCACAGUGUUCGUGGAUCUUGGUAGCGUGUAAAAGGUUUUUGAGGCCUAACUUGGUGUUGUGUAUACCGUUUGUACAAGUGGAACUGCUUCUUAUAAAAAUAAACUGUGGCUACGGGUAAUGCAACAAUGGGAUUAAUUUCUAAAUAUUCUUGAAGUUACACUCUGAUUAUUGUGUAGGAAAGGUUACUUUUGAUUCUGGCAGUUACUUAUGCCCCAUGUUCUCCUACCUACUUCCCAUCCAUUCCUACAAAUGUAUGGAUGUUUUGAUGCACGCCGCAAAGUUGACGCUUCUAAUGAUGUAGCUGCCACCCUAUAUAUUGUGAACUGGUUAAUUAUUUUGUGAAAUGCGAAUUUCCAAUUAAUGCGUUUUGCAGAUCUGCACAUCCAUGAAUUUGUACAGGACCCAAAGUGUGACAAUAUUAAACGCUACACAUACUGAGAUGUCUUGGAUUAGAAGUAUGAAGGUACAUUAAACUGGUAGGUGUCCUAUUCAUUAGCUUUUAGAAUAAAGUCAUAAUUUCCGUUAUGCCAAUUGCCUCGCCAAGCUACAUAUUUGGCAGGGUUUAUAUGUUCCCUCUGAAGCAUUCAGUCAGUAUGCCUCUGGCAUGACCACCCAGGCAGCUUGCUGUCAAGCGGGCCAGAACUUAGGGCUACCAUUUUGUUGAGUAGCUGUAUUCUUGUGUCCGUGGAGGUGUGAAGGCUUUAGGUUGAAUCUGCUGCUUCAUGAAUGCUGUGUAAUUUGCUUCUUCAUUAACAAUCAUGUGUUUAGGAUUUUAAACCUGGUCUCCUAAGAAGUGCUUGUUAAGAAUGUAACUGAUAUGCGUCUGUAUAAGAAAAGAAAAAAGAUUAUGCAGGUGUAUUUUUGUAAUGUAGUGCUUGGAUUUUUUUUAUUUUAUUUAUUUUUUCUCAAAACCAGAGCUGUCAUCGGGUCCCAAGUACAAAAAAGCCUACUGUGUGUUUUCACAGGGUGCGCUUGCGCAGUCAAGGGUCUGCUGUACAUUUCAGGGAAGAGGCAGCUGUUACUGGGAUGGUAAACACAUGGGAUAUAUGGGGCAUCUAUUUUACCAAGAGGAGUGAAAUACAGCCUGCUUUUUUAAAUGUGGCUUAAUAAUUGUGUGCAGUGUACGGGGGUAGGGGGAGGAAGCACAUUUUUGAAUCAAGAUGUCUAAUAAUCUCCUGGAAUUUGUUUGUAAUUACAUUUGUUCUUAGAAUUGUUUUUGUCUUGUAACACCAAUACAGCAUGUUAUAGAUUAAUGUGAUGGGAGAGGGCUUUGACCGAAUUCACAAUUAGAUUUUUGUUUUCCUCUUUGGUGCGCAUUGUUCACUGCAGGAUUAUCAUAAGAUCAUCAAAUAUCCGAUGGAUAUGGGAACCAUCAAGAAAAGACUAGAGAACAACUAUUACUGGAGUGCACUAGAGUGUAUGCAAGACUUCAACACUAUGUUCACCAACUGUUACAUCUACAAUAAGGUGAGACAGCUGGGUGGUUAGAAUUACAAUAUUUUUUAUUUUAUUUUUUUAAACUGUACCUAACCAACUGAGGAUAUAUCUUGCUACAGCCAACCGAUGACAUAGUGUUGAUGGCUCAGAGCUUGGAGAAGAUGUUCCUGCAGAAAGUGGCACAGAUGCCACAAGAAGAGCAGGAGAUUCCGAACACCUCUACAAAGAACAAACAAGUGAAGAGCCCCAAAUCACCAGGUGAGUCUUUGAAAAGUUUCAAUAUCUUUGAUGAUCUUGUUGCUUCUUCAAUCAAAUGACAUAGGAAAAGAAGGGGAAAAUGUGGCUGAAUAUUUAAACUUUAUUUCCUUCAGUAAUAGGUGGAGUUACAACAGCUCAUCAAGUGCCAGCUGUGUCAUCCAUGUUUCAGUCUUCGCUUUAUCCAAGUUCCCCUGAAGUGCCCUCCACCAUCCUUAGCCUACCGCACCCGCCUGUGCUCUCCAGUCCUGUUCAUAAGUCAUUGCCUUCACAAACAUUGCUACCGGUAGUGCCAGCAACAACUCAGCCGAUUACUAAGGUAUGUUAACUGACCUCAAUAAAUUUGUGCAUAUAAAUGUAGAUUAGCUUUGUUUUAUUGUGAAUUGCCUAAUUGUUACAUUUUAAAAUUCUUUGUUGUGCAAAUCUGUUUUUCUAUUUCCAGAAGAAAGGUGUGAAACGGAAAGCAGACACUACAACACCAACCACAACUGCUAUUAUUGCCACCAGUGGAGACUCCUCCCCUAUACCUCCUGAAACCAAACCUGCCAAAAUUCCUGCACGACGGGAAAGUGGUCGCCCCAUCAAGCCACCACGCAAGGAUCUACCAGAUUCCCAGCAGCAUCAGACCUCUAAGAAGGGUAAAUUAUCAGAACAGCUGAAGUACUGCAAUGGGAUAUUGAAAGAUCUUCUCUCUAAGAAACAUGCAGCCUAUGCAUGGCCUUUCUACAAACCUGUGGAUGCAUCAGCCUUGGGACUGCACGAUUAUCAUGAAAUCAUCAAACACCCCAUGGAUCUAAGUACCAUCAAGGUGAGAAUCGGGGUAUGGAUGUUAACUUACUGAAAAAAUAUUUAAGUACCUGAAAAGGCCAAAUACUUUAUUUUUUAGACCUCUGUUGUGUAUGAUAACGUUUUACCUGGAUCACUGGCAUUUUUUUGCAACAGAGAAUUAUGGAAGAAGAUAUAGCUUGUGUGGUCCCUGUUUGAUAUGAAGGGAACUGAUGUACAAGGAUUUGCAGACUGCUUUUCUUAUUUAUUUUUUAAUUUUUUUUCUUGGAUUGCAUUUGAGCAAUACAGAAAUCUAAAGUUCAAAAUACUUCAGUCUCUUAGCAGGUAUCACAGUGCAGAUACAGGAGUAUACUUCCCAGGGCAUCUUAAUAUUUUGUUUACAUAUCCAGUUUAUUCAACAAAUUAAAAAUGAAGUUAUGUUGAAUCUCUAUUCUUCUAUUUACACAGUUUGAUCUGUUAUCAGCUUUGCCCCUUUGUCAGCUUAGAUUGUGAAAUAAACCUUUUUUAAAAAAAAAAUAAAAUAAAAAAUACAUCUUUACUAUACAUUGGAAAGAAAAUGCUUCACAUAGGGCAAAACAAAAUUUGAACAUAAAUUAAGUGUGGAAUUACAAUAGCUCAUUAAGUGCCAGCUGUGUCAUCCAUGUCUCAGUCUUCACUUUAUCCAAGUUCUUAAGAAGUGCCCACAAUCAUACUUUGCCUACAACACCUACCUGUGCUCUCCAGUUCUGUUCAUAAGUCAUUGCCUUCACAAACCAUGCUACCAGUAGUUUGAGUAGUGACCAUUUCUCCCAUUAAGAUAUUCUGGGAAAAUGUGUAAUGUCUUUUUAGAUUUGCUCUGCACCUGCUGCUUAUGCCUAUAAUACUCUUUUUAUAAUAUCUUGCAAAGUUGGACUGGUUAAAGGUGCAUUAUUCAUUGGAACAUCGUUUUGCAGAAAAAGAUGGAUAACAGGGAAUUCCGUGAUGCUCAAGAAUUUGCAGGAGAUGUGCGACUUAUGUUCUCAAACUGUUAUAAGUACAACCCUCCAGAUCAUGAUGUUGUAGCAAUGGCAAGAAAGUUGCAGGUAAGAGGUUUACCAUCACCAAUAGCGUUAAAAUUACUUGAUUACUUUGAUUUUGUUAAAUGUAACUUUUUGCCCCUUCUUCCUCAGGAUGUGUUUGAAUUUAGUUAUGCCAAGAUGCCAGAUGAACCACUGGUGGUGAAUCCUCCUUCAGCAUCAACACAGCAGCCAGCUUCGGAUUCCAAGUCUUCCUCUGAAUCAUCAAGUGACAGCAGCAGUGAGAGUUCAGAUGACAGUGAAAGCUCUGAUGACUCGGAAGAGGAAAGAGCAAAUAGGCUUGCUGAGCUGCAGGAACAGGUCAAGAAUUUUAAACACUCCUUUCUGUGCAAAGUUGUAGCUUGUCACAAUGCUAUGCUUGUCACUCACAAUUGAUAAGAACUGUGAAUAAAACUUUCUGGAAUAAAUUGAUCAAAUUGCUGACCUGGAGUUCUGUGUAGCUUUUCUAGUAAACUUAUGACACUUUUGUGGCAUCACAAGUUUACUGAAUGAACAGGCUUCAGAAUAGUCUUCAACGGAUGACUUCAAAAUAAAACCCAAAAGGUAUCCUUUAAAAAAAAAAAAAAAAUGGUAUGUAGCCACCAGGAACUUCAUUAGCCUUAAGAUCCUGUACAGAUUCCAGAUGUAGCACUUGAAUUUGUUCCUUGAAGAUUAUUUUCCCUUUGACAUUUCUCUGUUUGGUUAGAUGUCUAAGCUAGAGCAAAACUGUAGAAUUUCCAGGUCAGUGUUGUGUUUUUUAAGCUAUGAAUUUAUAAUGUGGUUUCCACAAAGCUUAUUAUAUAUAAAUGCAAAUAUAUUAAUUCAAUCUAUACUUAUCUUCCUACAGCUCAGAGCGGUGCAUGAACAACUGGCAGCACUCUCCCAAGGUCCAAUCUCUAAACCCAAAAAAAAGAGAGAACGGAAGGAGAAGAAGAAAAAGAAGAAGUCUGAUAAGAGGAAAGGAAAGGAGGAUGAUGAAUGGCAAUCUAGCAAAUCAAAACAGUCCCAGUCAAAAAAGUCAAAGAAAUCUGGAUCAGGCGGAACCACUACUAGCUCCAGUUCAAAUACUCCAGCAGUUUCAAAGUGAGUCAAGGCGAUAUUAUGAGGGUCUGGAGUUGAAUUUGAGUGUGACAUAUUCAAUUAAUAUAAAAAGAAGCUAUAAUUUAUUUAAGGCAUUCUCUAUUGCCAGGAAAACAAACCCGUUUUCCUGGCACUGUAGAAUCCUGGAGUGCCCCCCAUCCCACACCCCUGAAGGGCUUAAAAUCACUUGUCAUUCUCUUGAAUCCAGCGCCAUAGUCCAUUGGCGCUGGGUCAGGCCCCGCCCAUGCUCCUCCCCUGCCGACCUCAGCUGGCAGGGAGACCGCAUGCGCGGCAAUGGCUUAGGAUUAGGAUUUCACCAUAGGAAAGCAUUAUUAAAUUCCGGUGACGCUGGAUGCAUAGCGUGAGGACGUCCAGCGUCGUCUUAGCACCGGAAAGACCCUCUAGUGGCUGUCAACACUAGAGGACUAAACCGUGCAAGGUAAUUAAUUGCAGUUUCUCAGAAACUGCAAUAAUUACCACUGUAGGGUUAAGUGACAUGGGACAUUGCACCCAGACCACUUCAAUGAGCUGUAGUUGUCUGGGUGACUACAGUGUCCCUUUAAAUCUUCGUGCAUUCCUUUAUAAUUGGCUUAAUGACUUUUCCACAAAGUAAAUCUGUAAUUUCUAGAGAAACAUCUCUAGUUUUUUGAUUCAGUUAUAAUUCUUUUUAUUUUUUUUAACUUUUGAAUCUUGCAGAAGUUCUAAAAAGUCCUCCUCCAAAUCACUUCCUUUACUUCCACCUGUACUUUAUGACUCUGAAGAAGAGGAGGAGUGCAAACCAAUGACGUAUGAUGAGAAGCGUCAGCUUAGUUUGGACAUCAACAAACUUCCUGGUGAAAAGCUGGGUCGUGUGGUACAUAUCAUCCAAUCGAGAGAGCCCUCUUUGAGAGACUCAAACCCUGAAGAAAUUGAGAUUGAUUUUGAAACUCUGAAACCUUCCACCCUCCGUGAGUUGGAAAGAUAUGUAAUGUCCUGUCUGAGAAAGAAGCCCAGAAAACCAUAUGGUAAGUUUAAAGUAAAUGUUUCCUUGUAUAUUACAAUAAAAAGUACAAAUGGUUGCUAGCUUGUAGUUUAAAGGCAAUUGGUUUUGUAAGGCAUUGCACUAAUUAAGAACAAAGCCACCUGGUUUUAUUCGCUUCAAUUUAUAUUUGAGUAUCAAUGCCUGAAUUUCAUACUACACUGCUCAAAAUAAAUAAAUAAAGGGAACACUUAAACACAAUGUAACUCCAAGUCAAGCACACUUCUGUGAAAUCAAGCUGUCUACUUGGGAAGCAACACGGAGUUACAAUCAAUUUCACAUGCUGUUGUGCAAAUGGGAUAGAGAACAGGUGGAAAUUAUAGGCAAUUAGCAAGAGAUCCCCCAAUAAAGGAGUGGUUCUGCAGGUGGUGACCACAGACCACUUCUCAGUUCCUAUGCUUCCUGGCUGAUGUUUUGGUCACUUUUCAAUGCUGGUGGUGCUUUCACUCGAGUGGUAGCAUGAGAUGGAGUCUACAACCCACACAAGUGGCUCAGGUAGUGCAGCCCAUCCAGGAUGGCACAUCAAUGCGAGCUGUGGCAAGAAGGUUUGCUGUGUCUGUCGGCGUAGUGUACAGAGCAUGGAGGCACCACCAGGAGACAGGCCAGUACAUCAGGAGACGUGUAGGAGGGCAACAACCCAGCAGCAUUACUGCUACCUCUGGCUUGGUGCAAGGAGGAACAGGAGGAGCACUGCCAGUGCCCUGCAAAAUGAUCUCCAGCAGGCCACAAAUGUACAUGUGUCUGCUCAAACUGUCAGAAACAGACUCCGUGAGGGUGGUAUGAGGACCCGACGUCAGCAGGUGGGGAUUGUGCUUACAGCCCAACACCUUGCUGGAUGUUUGGCAUUUGCCAGAGAACACCAAGAUUCACAUUCGCCACUGGUGCCCUGUGCUCUUCACAGAUUAAAGCGGGUUCACACUGAGCACAUGUGACAGUCUGGAGAUGCCGUGGAGAACGUUGUGCUGCCUGCAACAUCCUCCAGCAUGACCGGUUUGGCAGUGGGUCAGUAAUGGUGUGGGGUGGCAUUUCUUUGGGGUCGCACAGCCCUCCAUGUGCUUGCCAGAGGUAGCCUGACUGCCAUUAGGUACCGAGAUGAGAUACUCAGACCCCUUGUAAGACCAUAUGCUGGUGCGGUUGGCCCUGGGUUCCUCCUAAUGCAAGACAAUGCUAGACCCCAUGUGGCUGGAGUGUGUCAGCAGUUCCUGCAAGACGAGGACAUUGCUAUGGACUGGCCCGUCGGUUCCCUUGACCUGAAUUCAAUUGAGCACAUCUGGGACAUCAUGUCUCGCUCCAUCCACCGUCACGUUGCACCACAGACUGUCCAGGACUUAGCAGAUAAUUUAGUCCAGGUCUAGGAGCAUCAGGAGCAUGCACAGGUGUUGUAGGGAGGUCAUACAGGCAUGUGGAGGCCACACACACUACUGAGCCUCAUUUCGACUUUUUUUUAAUUUUAUUUUUUUAAGGAUAAUGUCAUAGUUGUAUCAGCCUGUAGUGUGUUUUGUUUCACUUUAAUUGAGUGUGACUCCAAAUCCAGACCUCCAUGGGUUGAAAAAUUUGAUUUCCAUUUUUAAAUUUUUGUGUGAUUUUUGUUGUCCGCACAUUCAACUAUAUAAAGAACAAAGUAUUUCAGAAGAAUAUUUAAUUCAUUCAGAUCUAGGAUGUUAUUUUGGCGUGUUUUUUUUUUUUUUUUUUGAGCAGUGUAUAAUGGUGUCUGCUGGAUUCUUGAAAUGAUCCCAUGUUUAAUUUUUCGUGCUAUUUGGGACCUUUAAUAAUUUUAUUUUUUUCCUGGUAAUUUAUUUUCACUUACUCUUGGCACCUCUUAAACUAAACUCAAAAUAAUAUUACAAAUAGUGUAUGUGUGUGUGUGUGUAUAUGUGUGUGUGUGUGUGUGUAUAUAUAUAUAUAUAUAUAUAUAUAUGUGUAUAUGUGUGUGUGUAUGUAUAUAUAUCUCUAUAUCACAAAUAAUGGCACUCACCCUUCCUGAUGUAAUGAGUAGUAAAGUGCCCUGGUGCAAUCUUAUGCUGAUAAAUAAAUAAUUAUAUUGAAGAAAGAUGCACUCUCCGGUCUUUUUAAGAAUAUUAACGGUCUUUAAUCCGUCAAAGGUUUACAGGUUGUUUGAUCAAACCUUUGAUGGAUUAAAGACUGUUAAUGGUCUUAAAAAGACCGGAGAGUGCAUCUUCAGUGUGUGUGUGUGUGUGUGUAUAUGUGUGUGUAUAUGUGUGUGUAUAUGUGUGUGUAUAUAUAUAUAUAUGUAUAUAUGUAUGUAUAUGUAGUGUGUGUGUGUAUACACAUAUGUUGGGAAUAUCAGUAAGUGCUCUUAAUCUUUUUGUUACACUGAACACUGAGAGGCGUCUGGGUAUUUUACUUUUUUUAUUUUUUGAUUAGCUGCACUUGUAGAAUCAUUAAUUGCUUGUGGUAUUUGUUGUGGGUGGGUGUUCUGGGUUUAUUUACAUUUGGUUAAUUAGGUGUUUGUCACACAUGUUUAAUACCAGAUUGUAGAAAUUAUUUUAAAAAUGUAGCUGGGACCAUACAUUUCUCUGUACAUGAAGCGCUUUGGCAUUGAUAUGUUUUGGGAAGGGUGAGGGUGGGGGUGCGGUUUACCAUUAGUGUACAGGUUUAUAUUUGAGACUUGGUUACUUAUGAUUUAGCUAUAAUCAAAUAUGUUCCCUACACCAUUCUAGAAAACAUAUUCUUACAUGAACCUUGUAAUCAAUAUUCUCCUGUUUUCAGCUCAAUAUGUAGACGAAGCAUAACCAUUUAUUUUUCUGCUCUCCUCAGCUCCCCUUAACUCUGUGCUCUCUCCGGCACUUAAGAAAACAGUGGGGAAAACAAAAGAGGAGAUUGCUCUGGAGAAAAAGAGAGAGCUGGAGAAAAGAUUACAGGAUGUCAGUGGACAACUAAAUUCUGCAAAGAAACCACCGAAGAAAGGUUUGUGUCCAUCAGGCAGACUGUUCUGUGGGUUUUUGUUUUUUUUCUUCUUAAAAUAUAUAUUUUUAAAGUAGUUGUAGUAUAGAAAGUGCUAUGUAAACCUGUUUUUAUAUAUGGUGUUAGUUUUGAGCAGGGUCCUCAUCCACAUAUUGUUCCUGUAACAUUUUGUAACUCUCAUUUAUUAUUAAAUUUCUCACUUGAUCACACCGUAAAGACCUAUAAAAUAAGUUGGUGCUAUAUAAAUGUCAAUAAUUUACAAGAGAUUAAAGCAAUAACAAAUGAUUAUUUUAUUUUUUUUCCUCGCUAGCCCAUGAGAAAGUAGAAUCUGCUCAGCAGGUCUCAGUUUCUCGUCUCAGCGCCUCCAGUUCCAGCUCAGACUCUGACAGCAGUAGCAGUUCUACUUCCAGCUCCUCGGACACAAGUGACUCUGAUUCGAGUUGA